AUGGAUAAAAAUACAAAUAAAGUUUUUGACUGUAUUGUUUGCAAUGCACAAUUUUGCCGCAUAUGUGAAAGAGAUUGGGAUGAUGAACAUAUUGGUUUAAGUUGUGAAGAAAUGGAUAAAAAAGAUAAAAGAGACAAAAAGGAAAGAGAAAUUGAGAAGAAAUUAAAUGAAGCUAUCGUUCGAAAAUGUCCAAAAUGUGGAAUUGCUUUCAUUAAAAGGGAUGGAUGUAACAAGAUGACCUGCCGAUGUGGCAUGACACAAUGCUAUAUUUGUAGAGCAACAGACAUUCAAUACGAACAUUUUUGCCAACAUUUUCGUGAUCCAAAUAACCCAAAUUGUAAUCGUUGUAACAAGAAAUGUUUUCUUCACGAAGAUGCAAACAAAAAGGAUGAACAAUUAAUUAAGGAAAUUCGUGAGAGUGAAGAGGCGGAGGAUUAA